AUGUGUUCGAUGGCCCAUCGUAAAGGUCAUGUGGAUGUUCGGAAGCUUCUGUAUGGCAAACGCAAAAAUGCCUUUCACCGAGUUAGUGAAUCAAAACCAUCCGUAGUGACAAUGAUUUCGAAUGUUCCGAGCGAAGGAUUGACUGCGGCGGUCGUUCGAGCCAUCGCUUUAAAGGAACUUGACCGAGACAGUGUGUUAUCUAUUCUUAAAGCUAACCGCGCGUUGCAUCGGUUGGAUCGCUCAGAGCUUGUAAUCCAGGGGCUCCGCGAUGCCAACUUUCCACUCACUUCACAUCACUAUUCUCUUCUUAUGGCCCAUGCCAAUGAACAGCGGCAACCACACAAGGCGCUGCAGUACUGGAAGGAGGCAGCAGAGGAAGGGAAGGUGAAUGAGAAGCUGCGCGGUGCGCUGAUCGCAACGUAUCGAAAUACGGGAGAUUGGCGUAAAGCACUGGAACAGUGUGAAAAGAUAUGGGAGGACCAACUUGACCUCGACGCUCACGCCCUGCACGCGGCGAUGAAUGCGUGCAGGCGCCAUGGGGCGUGGAAGGAGGGUCUCGAGGUCUUCUCACAGGCUGUCAACCGAGGAACGAAGCCCAAUAACGUUGUGUACCUGGAGCUGCUCCGAGUUCUGGCGAGCGCCCACCCGAUGCGAUCUCGUGCGUCGUACGCCUUGGCCAUUUUGGAUGCGCUAAACGGCAAGAUGGAUCUCACCGCGGGCCACUACAACGCCGUGUUAGCGACGCUCCGCGGACCACACACGUGGGAAAAGGGAGUGGCCCUUUUUGAGUCCAUGAAGGCGAACAACGUCCAGCCCAGCCUGGAAACGCUCAGUGCGUUGUUGCUUUUAAACCCGACCAGUUUGGCGCACUGCAUCCGCUGCGUCACGCAGGCGCAUGAGCUGGGGAUGCCCGUAACCGAUCUCAUGUAUCGGGCGGUCUUCAGCAACCUCUUCCGUCUCAACCUCGACCACGAGGCCUCCCAAUUUGCCGAGCGCGAGUACAAGCGCGAUACGGUGGAUAUCUGCAACCCUAACAGUUCGACGCUCGCGAUUAACAUGGCGAUGCUGGAUAGCCUUUUAGCGCAUCCGCGUCCUCACGACGCGUUUUUGUUUUACCAGUCAUUUGAAACGAACCUGGGAGACGCCGCCGGCCCCGCGACACGUCAACUCGGAACCCUCGGCGUUCCCACACGGCGGUGGAUGGUGCAGGGGCGCGUGGCGGUCAUUGACCACAACGUGCUUCUCUCCCCACGGAUGGAAUCGUUGAUCUUCCACUACGACUCCAUUUUUAUUCCCUUUUCAAGCGUCCGUCUGCUUGUUCGGCGUGACCAGGAGUUAGAGGGCACCGUGCAAAGCCGUUACAUGCGGCGUACCUUGUACCACAUUGAACUCUUGCUGAAAAGUCCAGAGUGGAGCAUGGUGCGCGUCUUGCCCUUUUCCCAUCAGCUGCUGGCGCAUCAAUAUAUCGUGGGCGGUCCUGCUAGCCCCGACGCGCUGCGCGCGCUCCGCGAGGAGGCUGAAAAAACUCCGCCUCCCGCCGGGAAGUCGCUUCCGUCUUUCAGCCAGUCGCUUUUGGACAGUAUAGCCGGGGAGACGCCUGAUGGGCGCCCGGGUGGGGAUGGGGCCGACAAAUUCGUAGGUCUCAUGUCGAUUCGUCCGUGCGAUGACGGCGCGGUGCCUGGUCUGAUCUCUCCCUUCGAGGAUGGGCCGCAUCCUCUCAACGAGGAUGAUUCCAAGGAUUGUGAGGUUGUCCCGGUGCAGGCCCCUCCCAAAGACUUCUUGAUGCAGCCGCAUCGGAUUACCUCGACGGAACGUGUGGUGGCGGUGGCGGUUAUGAUCAAGACCCUCAACCCGGAUGUGGACAUUCAUGUCUUAUCGCCUAAUCCUACGCAACUCUGCGUUGUGGAGCGAUGGAACAGGCUGCCGCAGCACACUAAACUUACCCCCGUGCGAUAUCCAGAGGAGUUAUUUGUGAAAGCACCACCUGAGCGGCCAGUUCCCGUGAGCGGCGACGGAAGUAACAGAUCAGGCAAACGAGCUGACGAGAAUGUGUCGUUGUUGGAUGAAGGACACGGUGAUUCAUACGGCUCAGGUAAUGUAGGGGAUUGGUUUAUGCCUUCGUAA